GAGGCAGGUUGGUACCUGCGCGCGGCCCUGCCGGUGCCGUCGCUGCUGCAGCCGGACCGCUGGCGCCGGGGCCGGGCAGGGGUGAGGCGGGAGAACGGGGUGUGUGCCCCAGCCGCCCAGGCCUGAGGCAGCCGCUGCCCGCGUGAGCGGGACCCGGCCCCCGGCUUGGCCGUAGUAACGCAGCCGGAGCCCCGCUGCUGUCGGGUUUGCAUUGUGCGCGGUCCUAGCCCCCGGGCAGGGUGGCCCGCACUGACGCUGGAGCGGGGUAGGUUGCCCUUGGGGUUCGCGUUAGUAGAACAAAACACCAGUCGGGUUGCUGCCCCGCAGCCCUCCCUGUGUGAGGCCCCCGCAGCAGCGCCGCCGGAGGAACCCGACCUUGCCUCUCAACAGCAGAGCAUGGUGUCAUCGGGCCGCGGACAUCCCGCUGUAGCAUCAGAAUAACCCUGCCCUUCGUUGGUUGCACUAACAGAGCGUGCACUGGUCUUUGCUGUCUCACACCAGAUCUAUCCCUAUGGGAGCUGGCUGAAGCAGCAGCAAGAGGAGGGGGCGGCUAACCAACCCUGCCCUGGUUGGGUUAUUUUGUAGCACCAACAUGCGCUGAUCUCUACCUUGCAUCAAACCCAUCCCAGCCGUGUGAGUGAGUGAGCCCCACUUGAAGCAGCAGCAGGAGCAAGAGGCUGCCGCUAGCCCUGCCCUCACUGGGCUUGCAUUAGCACAGCAUGCAUUGAUUUGCUGCCUUGUCUUAGACCCAUCCCAGCCAUCGGGGUGCGUGGUGCAUGGUGUGGGAGAUACACUGUCUCUAUAAUAAAUGAUAGAGGAUACAAUGACUUUGCUGUCUCUGCUGGGCCGGAUCAUGCGUUACUUCUUGCUAAGACCGGAGACCCUGUUCCUGUUGUGCAUCAGCCUGGCCCUUUGGAGUUACUUCUUCCACACAGAUGAGGUGAAAACCAUCGUCAAGUCCAGCAGGGAUGCUGUGAAGAUGGUGAAGGGCAAAGUGGCCGAGAUCAUGCAGAAUGACAGGUUCGGCGGGCUGGAUGUGCUGGAUGCGGAGUUCUCCAAGACCUGGGAGUUCAAGAGCCACAAUGUGGCUGUCUACUCCAUCCAAGGGCGAAGGGACCACAUGGAGGACAGGUUCGAAGUGAUCACGGACCUAAUCAACAGGACCCAUCCCUCUAUCUUCGGAAUAUUUGAUGGGCAUGGAGGAGAGUCAGCAGCAGAAUAUGUGAAGUCCCGCCUGCCUGAAGUCCUGAAACAACAUCUUCAAGACUAUGAGAAAGACAAAGAGAACAGUGUGUUGUCUUACCAAACCAUCCUGGAACAGCAAAUUCUAUCAAUUGACCGAGAAAUGCUGGAAAAAUUGACUGUAUCCUAUGAUGAAGCAGGUACUACCUGUUUGAUUGCAUUGCUGUCAGAUAAAGAACUUACAGUGGCCAAUGUUGGUGAUUCACGGGGAGUCCUGUGUGAUAAGGAUGGAAAUGCUAUCCCUUUGUCACAUGAUCACAAACCCUAUCAACUGAAGGAGAGAAAGAGGAUUAAAAGAGCUGGUGGCUUCAUAAGCUUUAAUGGCUCCUGGCGUGUACAGGGGAUUCUGGCCAUGUCCCGCUCGCUAGGGGAUUAUCCACUGAAAAAUCUGAAUGUUGUUAUCCCUGACCCAGAUAUUCUGACCUUUGAUCUGGACAAACUACAGCCGGAGUUCAUGAUCUUAGCAUCUGAUGGCCUGUGGGAUGCUUUCAGCAAUGAAGAGGCUGUUCGAUUCAUCAAGGAACGCCUGGAUGAACCACAUUUUGGUGCAAAGAGUAUAGUUCUGCAGUCAUUUUAUAGAGGAUGUCCUGAUAACAUAACAGUUAUGGUGGUGAAGUUCAGGAAUAGCAGCAAAACAGAAGAACAGUGAAUUUAUAACAGCUCUCUCCCUCUUCUCUGAUGAACUUAAAACAAACUCUUUCAUUUUAAUGUAGUAGAAAGUUCUAGUAAUUAUCAUUAGGAUUGUAUGUAAAAGGAAUGGGAAAGAUCUGAUCUGUUCUUUGCUGAACAAAAAGAACAACACGGCAAGUAUGUUUUGCAUAGUUAUAAUAAUUAAGUUUCCCACAUUGUCCUGUCUCACAUGACCUGCCCCUCCUUUGAAAUGGAAGGGUCGAGUCAUAUUAUAGUUAAUUCUAGGGUUUAAAAUUCCUGCCUAAGGUUUUUUCAAAUACUGAUGAUUUCUUAACUUUCCCUUCUAAUAGCUGAAGCUGCAUUCAGAUUGGCACUGAAGGGGUAAAGCAGUCAUAAGCGAGCGAUAGGAAUGACACUGCUUUUCACUCACAUAUGUAACUAACCUCACAACUGCACUCUUCAAUGCUUCGCAUCCUUGUUUAUCUAAUCUGCAGUGAUGGAUUGAAAAAGAUUUGUAAUUAUUGGUCUGUGUUUUACAUGAAGGAAAAAGAGAAGUUAAACACUAGCCUCUGCCAGUCCACAACUGGCCAUGCUCUUCAUUUUUUAAAAUUAAAUAGGCCCUUUCUACUACAUAAUUAGGUAAAUAAUUGAGUUCCCUGCAUCCAUAUGACUAUCCAUUCCGUGUAUGAUUUUCAUUACACUUCCCCUAUGCCAUACUGUAUUCAAUUCAACUGAUAAACUCCCUCAGCAAAUUCUGAGGUUUGAUGCCUUCAGUCACCAAGGAACUAGUUCUCUCAUUGUUGAAGAAUGCCCGGCAUUGAUUCAUUCACACUUUCUUCUGCUUUUUAGCAAAGAAUUUUCAGAGACAAGUGGAGAAAAAAAUACAAGAUGCUUUCAAGCAAGGCAGAACUUUUUAUGAUGUUCUAAGGCGUUUCAGUAACACUGAAACUUAAUUCAAAAUAUUUGUCAAGAAAGAAAAACCUAAAACAUUUACAAGGCUUAGUGUUCAACUCUGUACACCACCAUUGCCAUGUAAGUUAUUGGGAAUAUGCUUUAGUGGUGAAACGUUCUCAUAACUCUAACCCAGGGGCGGCUCUAGACACCAGCGCGCCAAGCAGGCGCUUGGGGCGGCCGUUUCCCGGGGGG